UUGUCAUGUUGGAAGUCUGAAAAUUUCAUCGAAGUUUGUUUCACGAUUCCUGUUGUUUUAUUCACUUUACGAGUGAAUACAUUUAUUUCGUUUAUGUAGACGGACUCGUGUGUCAUAAUUCAGCACCCAGAUAAUGUUAUGAUAAUAGUUUGAGUGUGUAGAAUAAGCGAAAUUGAUGUUGUAAGUCGAAAUGGCUCGUAAUAGAUGUGACGGGUUGUUAGCUCGAGUCGAUUUUCCUCUGUAUACUCUUCAAACGCUAACAAAUCGGCAUGUGAUUGUGGCAGGAGGCGGAGGAGCCUCAAACACAGGCGUCGCUAAUGGAUUCGAGAUAUUUGAAUUGUCACAUAAUGGUACAAGAUUUGUGGCCGAAGAGGUGAUGAGGCAUGAAACAGGCCCUAAUGUUGUGAUGACCUGCGCGGUGCGGAGCAUACAGAACAGGACGUACCUGACAGCAGGCCAGGAGAGCCACUGCCAGCUGUACAAGGUCAACAUCCGCAUGGUGGACGCGGCUGAGAUGCGCAGAGGCAGCUUCCGCGCUGAGAAUGGUCUUGUCCGGAGAAGGCGGCGGACGGUGUCAGAAAAUGACAACAUUUCCAAAAAAGAUAGCAAUAGCAACACAACAGAAAAGAGAAUAUCGUUUGAAAUUAGGCCAAGUGAUAGUGUGCAAACAGAUUUUGGAGACGACCCGCUGCAGCGGGUGGUGCGCAUCAGCCACGACGGCAAGCUGAUGGCCACAGGCGGCAUCGACGGCAAGGUCCGCGUCUGGGCCUUCCCCAAGAUGGAGCUGCUGUAUGUGCUGGAGGGACACACUAAAGAGCUGGACGACUUAGACUUCAGCCCGUGCGACACCGCGCUGGUGUCCAUCGCCAAGGACGGGCUGGCCAACGUGUGGGCCACGGGGGCCCCGGCGGCGGGGGCCCCGGGGGCCCCGAGGGCCCCGCUGCUGCAGCUCACGUGCACGCCGCCCAACGGGACCAAGUACCUCUUCCGGAGGUGUAGGUUCGGAUUAAUAGAAGACAAGCCAAACGAAUACCGAAUGUUCACGAUCGCGAACCCGCUGACGCGCUCGGGCAAGCAGAAGGGCCUGCUGCAGCUGUGGACGCGCUCGGGCUCGCUGCGCCGCGCGGCGUGCGCGCCCGAGUCGCUCUCGGCGCUCGCCGUGCGCGACGACGGCCGGUUCGUCGGCGUCGGCACCAUGUUCAGCGGCUCCGUCGACAUCUACGUCGCCUUCAGUCUGCAGCGAGUGCUGCACGUGAAGAAUGCGCACAUGAUGUUCGUCACAGGACUGGAGUUCCUGCCGGUGCGCGGCUACGGGCCGCCAGUCGCCAGCCGCAGCGAGGCAGCCCUGCUGUCUAUCAGUGUGGACAACUGUCUUUGUGUCCACAGCCUGCCGCCGCGCAAAACCAUACCGGCGUGGGUGGCGAUCAUCCUGAUAAUAUUCGUGCUAUUUUGUACAUUCACGCUAUGCUCGUACCUAGGUAUUUAGCCUGUAAAUAUUAUUGAAUUAAUUAUAUUGUUAUUGUCUGCGAAGAUUGUUUCCUGAGAAAUGCAUGGACGGGUCGCCUUGAGACUUGAGAUGCGUUGUUGUUCAACAAUUGUGUAAACAUUACGCGGUUGACGUCGAAUUUUGCUAGCAUUGUCACGUGAAAUUACGUUUUGUUCCGAGCGAUCUUAAAAACUCAAUGACUAUGAUGUAUAUCUAUGGUGUCAAUUUAAAGUAUGUAAUAUGUACUUGCUUUUGCCCGCGGCUUCACCGCAAAUUAUAGCCUAUAUUAUGUUAUUCUGGGUUAUAAAGAAUAAUACUGUAAAGUUUCAUCAAAAUCCGUUGAGUAGUUUUUGCGUGAAAGAGUAACAAACAUGUUGACAUCCAGAUAUCCAUACAAACUUUCGCAUUUAUAAUAUUAGUAAGAUUACCUUUAAAAUGGCACCAUUUUUAUUUAUGUAUCUUCUAGUAGUCAUUUAGUUCUUAUGAUCGCUCGAAACAAAUAGGGUGCUUCCAUACUUUUGCUCGCUAGUGCAGAUUUAUGGCGUACCGACAGUAAAAAAAUCAAUAUCUCAUAAUCUGACAUGUGAGUUUAACGACACAAAUAAACAACAUGAAGUCUAUGUUACCUUUAUGACAGUUAGGAAUAUUUAGGAGACUAAUGGUCUUGAUUUUAAGAUGUUAACCAACGGUUCAAAAAGCAUCCAUCCAUAGAUAGAUGAGUCGUAAUCUGAAACGACGCUUAAAACUUCUUUCAAACUCAAGUACAGAUUCAAAUCUGUUGGUUAAAUUAUGUAUCUUAAAAUCUUGCCCAUUUCUAGAUUAAAAUCCCAAACCCGUGCUUAGGUGGUGAUGUUGAAAGCUUGCGAGUUAGUUAACUAUAGUCUGGUCUGUGAGCAUGUAGAAUUUUGUCCAAUGACCCUAAGCUACCCAUCCUUGUCGCUCGCGCGUAAUUAUAUUGCUGUCGCGACUGUGCAACGCGCGCCCGCAGUGAGUGUGCGAGCGCGACAGCAACAUAAUUACGCGCGAGCGAUAAGGAUGGGUAGCUUGGGGUCAUUGGACAAAAUUAUACGUGCUCACAGACCGGGCUUUAUCUUUGUUGAUUCUCACCUCGGGUUGCAACAUCAUAAAUUAACUAUAACAAACGUUAAAUGUCUGUUAAACUCCAUACAAAAACACCGGUUAUAGUUACAGUUACGGUUAAAAUUAAGGUGGUGUAACUUAGGCUUCAUAUUUAAAGGUUAGUACUUCAAAACUCGUGAUUGUAAGCUGAUGUAAUUUUGCCACAACAAAAGUACUGAUUUGCCAACUUUAUUGUACAAAAGUUGCCUUUGCUAAAAACUAGCGAUAGAUUUAUAAUCAAAGAAAUUGUGUUAUAGUUGUAAAAUUAUGAAAAAAUACUUAUUAUAAAGGAAUUUAUUUUGAUCAAUACAUGAAGUCUUUAACUUAUUCGGAAUGUUAUAAAAUGAUGACAAUUAAGAAUAUUGCUUGAUUUAUUAUUUUAAAAUUGUACCGCAAUAUUUAAAAUUUAGCAAUAAGUUUUUUCUAGAAUGUAUAUUAUGCUCGAAGUGGUAUUUAUUUAUUAUAAUUCUGAAUAGCAUUUAUAUUCACGUCGAUAAAAUUCUUCACUUUGAAAUUAAUAAAUUAUUAUCUAUCUCUAUACUUUUUGUAAGGAGUGAAAGGGAUAGCAUAAAUGGCCGUAUAGAAUAAAGCCCAAUAUAUUUUAUCAAAGCAAAUACAAAGAGUUGCAUACAAUAUAAUGUUUAUCCUUAUGUUGUGUAGGGGAGAAAUGCUGCCAAACGUGUCCCUAGACAUACAGGGUGUUGAUUUCAAUCCUCGCCAUAAGUAUUUAUUUGGUGUAGUGGAAUAUUUUGGCGAAUAUUUUCCGCACUGUGGCUCGCAAUACUGCAAUAAGUUUACACUGCGGCAUCAUCGAGCUACGCGGAUCGCUUGCUUAUCAUGUUGGGUAGUCUACUGAAGGAAGCCACGUAAAGUAGGUAGUGUAAAUAGGUAUUUUUCUUUGACUAACUAAAGAAGAUCGUUUUAAAUUUUUUUCGAAGUCAAUUUUUUUACUGAUUCGUGAUCAGAAUAAGCUACUUAAUCAACUCCCUAAAUAUGGCGAGAAUUGAAAUCAACACCCUGUAUAUUGAAGUCUUGCAACAAACUCAACGCUGGUACAGUCAGCGUCAAAUAGUUCGUGACACCCAAAAUGGUCAAGGAGUUGACAACACAUCCUUAUUUGUAACAGAGAGGUGUUGCGACUUUUUGGCAACUUUGGAUGUCACAUCUUAUUCAGUGGUUAUUAUGGCUACAUUAAUAAUUUAUAACUUUAUAUUACUCAUUUCUCCCCUACUCAUAUGAGGCUUAUGAAUAAAUCCGUCUAUAGUGCAUCUGUUGAAACUAUUUGUUACUAAAUAGGAAAUACUUAAACUUAAAACUUGGGUAAGACUCCCCGUAGGCAACAGACUUUUUACCGGCCGAUAGUUCUUCGAGUGUAUGAGGAAUCGGUCGAUACCAAAUUGGUGUAAUGUGCGCACUUUCAUACACAAACCGAU